GGACGCGAGCCACCACACCACGACUGGCUACGCCGGAGGACACUUCUCCGCCAACGACUCCCUGCUAGUAGCGACGCGGCAACGGACGACAGCUCUGCAAGAUGUCGACUGGCCUGGUGCAGAAUAUGACUGGCACCUACCAAUAUUUCUUCGACGAAAUGGCUGACCCGCGGGUGUCGGACUGGUGGAUGAUGGACAGGCCGUGGCCCCUGCUGGCGCUGCUCAGUUGCUACCUGUACUUCAGCGUGGUCUGGGGGCCGCGCUACAUGAGCUCGCGAAAGCCCUUCGACCUGAAGCCCGUGAUUGUCGCCUACAACUGUUUCCAAAUCGUCGCAUCGUUCCUAAUUUUCAUUUCGCUCGUGUUACUCAGCUGGCGAAGGAAGAUAACACUUGGAUGCGAAGUAAUUGACUACUCAAACCAUCCAGAUUCUGUAAAGCUCGUGUCGGUGUUCUGGUAUGGAAUGAUCGUACGCAUGGCUGACCUCACAGAGACGGCUAUUUUCGUGCUGCGCAAGAAAUUCUUGCAAGCUUCCUUCCUACACCUGUACCACCAUACGACAUCACUGCUGCUCAGCUGGUCCGUAGCUAAGUACACGGCAGGUGGGGUGUGUGUAUUCCCACUGAUGGUCAACUCGCUGGUGCACACCGUCAUGUACACAUACUACCUGCUGUCUGCUAUCGGUGCCCUCACAGCCACACAGACUGUACUGCACUGGAAGAGGCGCCUCACGACGUUGCAGAUGGUGCAGUUCGUCAUCCUCAUAAUCCACUCGAUGAAUAUGAUUCAUCCUGACUGUCCAGUGCCUCGAGUGCUCUUUUACCUUCAUUUUCCGAACCUCGUUAUGAAUUUCUAUCUCUUCUACGGGUUCUACCAACGAGCGUACAAUCCUGCAACAAAGUGUGCUAAAGACUGAAAAUGGCGUUUUAUUAUCACCAGCUUAUAAGUUUUAAGAGACUAGUAUACAAGUUUUCAGUUACUGGGCAACGGACCUCAUGGACAACGUGCUACUAAUUUUUAGAACUCGCCACAGAAUAGGCCGCCUGGUCUGUAAGUGUUAUUGCUCUCGUCUGACAUUUCAACAAUAUGAAUCGUUGCCGAACAAGGUCAGAAUUGAUGCGUGUGAAUUCUCGCACUCAACUUUUGU